AUGAUGAUUAAGGUUUGUUUUUUUGGAGGUCAGACGAAGACCGGUGUUUUGGUACAUCAUGCUAUAGUAAUGACUGAAUCGCAAUAUGGGGCUAAGUUCACAUGGCUUGCAGCAUGCUUGGUCAGCUUAUAUGGUCUGAGCUCGUGGAUUGUUGUUAAUGGUUUGUGGGUUGAGCUGCCAUUAUUAGUCAAUAUCUUACCAGAAGGUUGGAAUUUACCUGCUUACUUGAUAAUUAUUAUACAGAUAGCAAACGUUGGUCCUCUUGUCUAUGUCCCUUUGACAAAAUUCUGCCACUCUAAAACAAAUAGAUUUUGUUCACAUCUUUUGCAACCACCUGAAAGGAUAGCGAAUUAUGUGAUACUAACAGUUGGUUUACUGUCAUGCAUACUGUUGGCACAAUUUUGGAAGGAAGUGAUUCAUAUACCAUCCUUAGGCACUGGUUAUCACAGUAUUGGCUUGUUUAUUUUAUCUCUGUUAGCGUCAAUAGUUGAUUGUACAUCAUCUGUUACAUAUAUUACAUAUCUAAAUGGAAUGCCUCAAUUAUAUGUGGGUGCGUUACACUUUGGUGAGGCAUUCAGUGAUUUGGUCCCAAGUGUACUAGCACUUAUUCAAGGCGUUGGCCCAGAACCAGAAUGCAUUAAUGCAACAGUUAAUGGAACAUUUCACACAGUGGCAUUUUUCCCACCACCGCGUUUUUCAAUUAGUACAUUUAUUUAUCUUUUAUGUACAGUAUUGGUUUUCUCAUUAAUUGCCUUCCUAUUAUUGGACUGUUCACCGUUUGGUUUGGGGAAAGCUGUUCAUGAGCAUUAUAAAAGAAAUCAUGUCAAAGUAACUUCCAGUGAUAAGGAAAACUCACAUUUGGAUAAAAAUGAAAGAAUCACUGAGAACACUGAAAGUGAUGGUGUCGUGAUAUCUAGUUGUGGUGAUGGAUCUACGCAGUUUUACAAUGGUGUUGAUGUCACAGACAAUUCUGGACCAAGUACCUUUUUGUCAUGCCUACUUAUUGGUUAUAUCAGUGCAUUAAGUUUCGGAUUUUUACCAGCUAUACAAUCGUAUUCUUGCGCAGCGUAUAGUGCGCUUACAUAUCAUUUGGCAGUUACUUUAUCGGGUUCAUUUUCUGCUAUAUUCACAGUAUUGACCACAUUCCUAGUGAAUCAUUAUUCUAAACGCGCAAAUUUGUCUACACUUUUAAAGUAUCAGUCAAACUCGGACCCUGCGUAUGACGGAGAUUAUACAAAACACGAAGAGAACGAUGUGAAUUUCCAUAAUGGGAUGGUGGUAAUCUCGAAUGUAUCAUAUAUACGUUCACUUCACAGGAAAUGGAUUGGUAUUGCGUUUGUUUCUUCAUUGCCUGCAGCCUAUGUGAUUUAUUUGGCUAGCUCCAGUCCUAAUCCACCUUUAUUAGGCGGUUUCGGCUCAGCAAGCGCGAUAUUAGCAUGGAUAGCAGUUCGAUGUCUAUUCAGCAGUUUGCGUACAUGGAUAUGGAUGAGUCUGUCUAGUCAUUCGAAGAGACCAAUGAAACUCAGGUUAGCAGGAUUAUCAACUCAAUUCGGUGCAGCUUUUGGUGCAAUAUUAAGCUUUCUAUUAGUCGUUUAUUUUCAGUUAUUUAAAAAUAAAAUACCUUGCUUAUAGAUUUUAUUGUAUGAAUUAAAAUGUAGUUAUACCUUUGUCUUUCAUAAAUUCAUACUAUCUUGGGUAUAAUUAUUGAACUCGUUGGCUUUCCUUUUGCUUAUCGAACGUUGUGGCUUUGGUUAUUUCUUUGUUUUCUGUAAUUUUGGUAUUCUCGGUAGUAAAAUGACAUUGUAUUUAUUCUAAUAAAUUAUUUCUA